UAUAUAUAUACAUAUAUAUGUAUAUAUCUGUGUAUAUGUAUAUACAUCGGUACUAGUGUUGGAAUACCUAGCCCUAACACCCAUAAGUCAAGUCACCCCCACAAGCAUACAAGCACACCACUAACACCAUGUCUGAGUCCAUUAUUCAAGACCUGCUCCACUAUGUGGACAAAUCAACCGAAAACAGCAUCGCUGUUGCAGACAUUGCAAAAGGACUGAACGUUGAACAGACUGUGGUCGAGAGCGCAAUUAAGCGAAUGGGAGCUGUGCACCCGGGUUACAUCGUAGCAUCCAGCACGUCACACUCCGAGACUCAUCUGACUGGAGAGGGCUCGUACAUGGCUGACAACGGCAGUCACGAGGCAGUUGUGUACAACACCAUUCCCGAGGGGGACGCAGGCAUGCCGCAGAAGGAGCUGCUGGCUAUGGGACCCAACUACAAAGUAGGUAUAAAUAAAGCACUCGCCGCCAAAUGGGUGGCGAUGGAUAAGAAAGCCGAGGGUGGGCCAGCUAUUAAACGCGCAGUGGCAACGAUAACAGACAUCACACGACACAAUCUGAAACUCAUCAGAGACGGCAAGAGCGUCUCAGAGACUGUGCUCAAGGACCUCAAGAAGCGCAAGGCCGUCCGGACUGUAACUCUGAAAGAACAGUUCGUGAGCAAAGGAGAGAACUUCAGUGCAGAAAUCAAAGUGUACGAAACGAAGCUCACCCCCGAAAUGAUUGCCAGUGGUGAAUGGAGGAACAAAGAGCUUAAGCCGUAUAACUUCCAGGCUAAAGGGGCGCCCUUGGCCUGUGGCCAUUUACAUCCGUUGCUGAAAGUGCGCACAGAGUUCCGCAACAUCUUUCUGGAGAUGGGCUUCUCCGAAAUGCCUACAAACAACUAUGUUGAGUCAUCCUUCUGGAACUUCGACGCGCUUUUCCAGCCACAAGCACAUCCCGCCAGAGACGCGCACGACACCUUCUUCAUCAAAGAUCCUGCCAACUGUGCAACCAUCCCCGACGACUACAUGGCCACGGUCAAAGCCACACAUGAAGACGGAGGUGCGACUGGCUCUCAGGGCUAUCGCACACCCUGGACCACAGAAGAGGCCAGGAAGAACAUCAUGCGCACACACACAACGGCUGUUAGUGCGCGAAUGCUGAAGAAAUUGGCUGACGACGGGUUUAAGCCCAGCAGAAUGUUCAGUAUCGACCGCGUGUUCCGAAACGAAACGCUGGACGCGACACAUUUGGCCGAGUUUCAUCAGAUCGAGGGUGUACUUGCAGGGGAGGACAUUUCACUGGGUGGUCUCGUAGGUUUCCUUAAUCAGUUCUUUGCCAAGGCGUUGGGUAUGGACAAGCUGCGUUUCAAGCCAGCCUACAACCCGUACACUGAACCAUCCAUGGAGAUCUUCGGUUACCACGAGGGCAUGAAGAAAUGGAUUGAGAUUGGUAACAGCGGUAUGUUCCGGCCCGAGAUGUUAGAGCCCAUGGGCUUACCCAAGGGUGUGGCGGUUCUAGGAUUCGGACUGUCUCUGGAACGACCCACCAUGAUUAAGCUAGGACUAAAUAAUAUCCGGGACCUCUUUGGCCAUAAAGUGGACAUGCAGAUGGUUUACAAUGCCCCCGCGUGUCGACUAGAGAAGUUCUGAGCUCAGCGCGAGAGGGACAGUGUAGGCGCAUUAAGAUAAUUAAAUUAAAGCAAGAUGUUGCUGAACGCUAGCGUUUG